GGCUCCUCCUGACGUGGCGAGCCGCUAAAGGUCGACCGGUUCCUCCGUGGGCUCCUGCGAUUGGUCAGAUUACCUGUUUGGCAAACUUUACGAAAAAUGUAAAUACACAGGUGGUGGCGGCAUGGAUGUACGAGUGCUUUAUGCAAAUAAAACAGAAGUGAAACCGCGUCACACUGCUCUGGUUACCAGACACAAACAGAGUCACUGCGGCGCAAUGUUUAGCAGAUAGUUGGAGAGAAGAGCUGGAUUUUAAGACGAGGUGACGGCUGCGCAGUCAUGCCUCAGUUGACGUCGGCCGCGGUGCUGCAGCUCGUCCUGCUGCUCUCCGCGGUGCCGGCUCAGUACCUCAUCUCCCAGUGGAGCGGCUCUUCAACAGCACAGCGAUUCCACGCCACCACGCGGAUGCUUAGAAUUUGGAAAGAUUGGAGAACAUCUUACCUCAAUGGCACCAUAUGGAUGGACUGGGCCAGCCAGCAGAUUUCUAAAGUCAAGACUUCUUUAGGCUUGAGACUGGAGGAGGAUGAUGAAAAAAUGUUGCAUGACAUGGAGAGCAUGAUGGAUGACAAUGAACUGGGGUUCUUUGGAGCCUCAAAGACAGCGCGCAGACCUCGUCCUCUGUAUGUUUUUCUGCGGGUUGGAGACGUGGUGAUGGAGAGGAAUCGUAACAUGGUUGGGGUGGUGGUGAGCUGGGACCCUGAGCUGCGAGCCCCUCCUGAGUGGAUUGAACGAAUGUAUUCCAACCCUCAGGGCCACAAAGCGGAGAAGACGCCCCAUUAUAAAGUUCUGUUCAACGGGCCUACGUCAUCCUCUGUGUUCGUUGGUUACCUGCCUCAAACAAGACUGGAGCGCAUCACUGGGAUGAGGCCGGACAUUCCCUCUUUGGAGAAAUACUUCACACACUUUGACGGUGAGCGGUUCGUCAUGCAGCCGUGGCUCAGAGAGAUCUUCCCUGAGGAUGAAGAAGAGGACUUCUGACAUCUCGGCUUGGACCCGUUUCCUGUAGAAAUAUUGACCUUGAAAUCGUGGAGGUCAAUAUUUGGGCACUUCAAGAGCAACUUAAAUCCCUCUCUGCUGGAUCUGAAUUUGAGGGUGUCUUUUUGGGAUGUGGAGUAAAUCUGGGACUGUAUGAAGUAAGAUGCAAAUACACAGUAUUUUAAAUAUGAUGUGCUAAGAAAUAGACUGAAAAGGAGAAACCUUUUAUUUUAAGGGUGGCUUGAUUUUUAAAGACAACUUUAAACAAGAGUUUAUUAAGAGUGAUCAAGAAAAUGCUAAAAGGCCAAAACCUGCAUUCAAGAUGUAUUUAGGUUUUCCUCUAAAUAGCCCUCACUCUGUGUAGGUUAGGGUAAAAAAAGCACUUUAUACAGCCAUCAUAAAAAAGCAAUAAAAUAUGUUAAAA